ACAUGGCUGCGUCCUUGCGACACACGCGUGGGAGUAAGCAUGUACUAUUACGGCUUUUGAGAGGACUAAAAGACUGUAAUGCUGCAUGCUUCGGUACCAGUGCCACAAGGAAUAAAGGCCUUGUUUUAGGCCUGUUUGAACCUGAGGAAGAAAAUGCACCUCCAUCCUUCACAAAGGCAACACAGAGCUUUGAUGACAAAACCAAACAAAAAGUCACUCAUCACCUACAGCUCUUGAAGAAAAAUCUGAAGAAGGGCCAGACUAGAAUAUUCUAUGACCUUGACCCUGAAUACUCGAGUGUGGCUGUGACUUGUGUAGGGAAGAAAGGAGUGACUUAUGAUGAAGUGGAGGGGAUGGAUAUGGGACGAGAUCAAAUCAGAGGAGCAGUGGCAAAGGGUGUUCAACAGCUACAGGACAUCGGUGAGACUGAGGUGGCGGUGGACCCUUGUGGGGAUGCCGAAGCUGCUGCCGAGGGUGGACAUCUUGGUCUGUUUGUUUAUCAAGAGCUGAAAGCUGAGAAGUCACGCAAUGCACAAGUCAAUCUAAACUGUUUCACUGACUACAGCUCAGAUAAAGACAAAGUCCUGAUGCAGUGGUCGAGAGGUAAGGUGCUUGCUGACAGUCAGAACUUUGCUCGCCAUCUGAUGGAAAUGCCUGCAAAUAAACUCACACCAAGUCACUUUGUAGAUCUUGUCACAUCCAGACUGACCAACACGAAGAGAUGCUCAGUGACCGUCAGAGACAGAAAGUGGAUUGAAUCACAAAAAAUGGGAUCAUUUCUCUCUGUGGCUAAAGGAUCAGUAGAAGAACCAUUUCUACUCGAAGUGGAUUACAAGGGAGACAAUCCAUCCAACGAGAAUCCCCUAGCCCUGGUUGGGAAAGGAAUAACAUUUGAUACUGGUGGAAUAUCUCUAAAGCCGCCGUCUGAUAUGGACAAGAUGCGAGCAGACAUGGGUGGGGCAGCGUGCGUGGCUGGGACACUGCUAGCUCUUGGUAACCUCAAUAUACCUCUUCAUGUCAAAGCAUUUAUCCCGCUUUGUGAGAAUAUGGUAGAUGGUCGCUCAACAAAACCUGGGGAUGUCGUCACGGCCAUGAAUGGAAAAACAAUACAAGUAGAUAAUACGGAUGCGGAAGGAAGGCUGAUUCUGGCUGACGCUCUGUGUUAUGCCCAAACCUUUAACCCAGAACUGAUACUGGACAUGGCUACACUCACAGGUGCAAUAGACGUGGCAUUGGGUGCUGGAGCUACGGGAGUGUACACAAACUCUCUGAGUAUGUGGGAAUGUCUAUACAAAGCUGGAAGUUUGACUGGAGACAGGAUGUGGAGAAUGCCAUUAUUUAACCACUACACCAAACAAGUGACCAAAUCCGAUCUUGCUGACGUCAACAACAUCGGUUCUGGCGGCCGAUCUGGCGGUUCCUGUACAGCAGCUGCGUUUCUCCGGGAAUUUGUCACCAACAAACAGUGGAUGCAUUUAGAUAUCGCCGGUGUAAUGAUGAACAAGUCUGAAAUACCAUACCUCACCAAGGGAAUGGCAGGUCGUCCAACAAGGACCGUCGUUGAAUUUCUACAGUUGCAGAGUCAGAAAUAAGAAGUACAUGGCUAUUAGUUAUGUAGAUCUUAUAUUGAGUUUAUACACCGACUGGUGUAUGUUCCAAGCGUGAUAGCUUUUUCAUGAAUGAUGGAUUACAAUUCAAGUGCAAUCCUCCUGUCAAAUUCCAUUUUUUGCUGGAGUUAUACCACUCUCCACAUGUCUCAUGCACUCGGGGAGAAUCCACAUAUGACCUCGAAUGUUAAGCUGGAUUAACCAACCAACAGGCUUCAAUUUGGAAAUGUCCAAAACAUCACCUUUUCAAUUAAGUGGGUGCAGGUGACACAUGGACAUCUGUAGAAUUCUCGUUUGAUAUUACCAUUAUUUUUCCUAUUUUGAUCAAGGUAAUUUUAAUAUCACAGAUUAAUACAGACAUGGACAUAGUUACAUUUAAUGUAUGUACACAAUCAGAAGUCCAGCUAUAAUUUUGCCUUCAGUAAAAUGACUGUUCCUUCUAUGGUGCCAUAUUGCCGACAUAAAGCAAUCAAUCUCAACUGCACUUCAAUUUGAUCUAGAUUUCAAUAAUUAAUGUUGUUUAGGUAAUCAAAUCUAAAAAUGUGAUGUGUUUUGUGUUUUGACACGGAAGUCUGAUUUUUAUAUAUUUUUUUUUUUGCCCGCUUUUAUUUGCUUAACAUUGCCCAAAGCUUAAUUGGAACAUUGAUAUUUGCCUUUUUAAGUUGGAAACUAAAUAUUUUUUAUUGAUUAAACUUAUGUAAAGCCACUUCCACUUUCCCCUGUACUCACCAGUACAUGUUGUUUGUACAUGUCUUCAACCUUGAGUCAUGGUAUGGUUAGCUCUCGUGGUGAUGAUAUGUUCAGUUUUAUUGCUCUGACCACGUGAUUCGGUCAGAUCUAGGUUAGCUAAAGAUUCAACAAAACUGAUUCACUAAAAGGCUUUGUUUCGUGGCUCUCUCCAGGGAUACGUCUGGGUCAUGGUAAUGAAAGAUUUUCAGUGUUUUUGAGAAACUGGAUGGGAUUUUCCCAUAUAAGAGUAUAAGAGCACUUUCAGUUUCGAGAAUUUCAUGGAGAAACAAUAGGUGAAUGCUAUUCAUGAUUAACUUCACUUCAUGCAAAUAGCCAUCUAAUACAAAGGGACUAUGGACAUCAGCAGUGGAUGUGUUGUCUCCUACUAAUAAACAGGGCAGGGAAAUCAUUGUAUUCUCCAAUUAUAACAUCUGUUAAUUUAUUGCUUGUAACAUGUUACACUAAUGACUAAUGUCAUAGAAUGUACAUGUAUGUAGAUAAUGUGAAAUAAAGCAAAAUAAAAAUCAGAGAUGUC